CCAGAAGAAGGAAAUCUUUUGAGAGGACGACGAAGAAGGCACUUUAACCUCUCGUCUUUUAGAGGUAGAGUUACAGUGUGGCCGUCGGCAUCUACCAGUGCAGGUUAUCCUAUCAGCACUGUAGGAAACAGUGCACUCAAUGUUGGGUGUACUGUCGUUCUACUGCGCGAAGUCCGAGAGCAAUAUCUCUGGCCUACUGCGAGGGGGUACUCGGUGCCGCUGCUGUACGAAGCAAGGAUUUCGUCCGCCAGUACCAAUUAAGCGUACAGUAAAUGAGGCCCUUCAAGAGAAAGCGUCUGCGCGAAGUGAUGAUAACUGUUGCACUCUGCUCAAUGGCGUGGUUCUUUGUCACGAGAGUAAGCGAAACACACUGCGGAGGCGCAAUUGUCUUUUACCUUCCUACGAAGAGCCCACAGAGGUAUAUAAAAGAAGAGGCUACACAAACACUUUCGAAGCGCAAGUUGAUCAGCACCCGCCACUACUCGCAGCCGCAUCCGUACGUUCUGGGGUGCAAAGACCUCUGUUACAGCAAAGCUUCGGGGGACGCCACUAGAGAAGACAUAGACUACCUCUUCCUUGUUUCUUCAGCUGUUCGGAAUUUUUACCAUCGCAAUGCUAUCCGCAGCUCGUGGGGAAGAGACGUGGCAGCUUUCGGGAAUAAUAGACUCGCUUUCUUGCUCGGUAUUUCCAACGACAGAGUUCUGCAGUCCACAGUUGAAAGUGAAUCGGCUCUCUACUCGGACAUUAUACAGGGGAAUUUUAGUGACACCUACCGAAACCUCACCCUCAAGUCUGUUAUGAUGCUGCACUGGACUACGAAAUACUGUCGCGGUAUCCGCUUUCUGGUUAAGGUGGAUGAUGACACGUACCUGAACAUACCCAAUCUGAUCGAGGCACUUCACACGCAGCGUGGUGAUGCCAUAUACGGCACGCAUUAUCAUUCGGCAGUACCGUUUCGAUCAAUGGAAAACAAGUGGUAUGUAUCAUUUGAAGAAUAUUCUGAAGAUACAUAUCCGGACUAUGUGGGAGGACCUGCGUACAUAAUAAGUGGAGGAGUGCUGCAAUUGCUGUAUAACGCGACGGGUGUAGUGAAACCAUUCUCAAUGGAGGACACGUAUAUCACCGGUACAUGUGCCGAACGGGUCGGCAUCCCACGGAUUGCUUUGAUGGGUGUUGCCACGCUCAGGUUGCCUUUCUCCUGUGAGCACAAGAAGGCUAUCGCUGGCCACUAUGUCACUCCUCGUAAGAUGACGUCUCUCUGGAACAUCUCGCAACGGACCACCCUCUCGUGCCUUCACUUUAUGUUCAACUGGACUUUUUGUUAUUGCUUCGUUUCGCUACCUGACUGACAUAGAGUAACUAAUAUGAUCCCGUAUUUGAUAUGUAUUCGAUCAGACGACAAGUUUGAGUUUCGUUAUCAAGACAUCAAGGUUGAUACGAGUGCCUAGAUAAUCGUAUAUGUAUCCGCGUUACAUAUUGUCAGAUGGUCAUCCCAGCCUGAGUUUUUCAGAUGGCAUUAGAGCUACAACCCGCUAUUUUAUGUUAAUUCGAACCGGAAUUAAAUGUCCUACUGCUCAACCGAACCCGAACUGGACCGUAGUAAGCGGUAUUGGUUCGCGAAAAGAUUGAGCCGGAAUAUGGUAGUGGUGAUGUAACAGCUCGCUGUAGUCUGCCACGCUCAUGCGGGCGACGUCACGGCUAUGGCUGGGGAGGAUCGUGCCUCCUGGGCCGACUUCAGAAGGAACAUUAACAGGAAUAUUGACAAGGAAUAUUAACGAGGCAGUUCUGUAAACCAUCUCUUGUAUGAGCGGUAGAAGUUCCGGCUCCGGUUGAGAAUUAUUUUUAUUAAUUUGUG